UGCCAUAACCUUGACAGCAGUUCAGUCUUAAUAUACGAAAAAUUUAUUAAAAUUAGUUUAUAUAAUAAAGAUUUCUAGUUUAUAAUUUGUGUUAACAACAAUGGAAGUAGUUAAAAAUGGAAAUAAUCAUUUGGAAGAAAAUGGAAAAAUGGAAAUUGUUAAAAAUGGUAAAUGUAAUUUAAAUGAAAAUGGAAAAAAUUGUCAAAAUACAACGAAUGAUGAUGAUGAUCAUCAUCAUCAUGAAGAAUAUCAAUAUUUAGAAUUAAUAAAGAAAAUCAUAAAUCAUGGAUUUAAAAAAUCCGAUCGCACUGGAACUGGAACAUUUAUGAUUGCUGGACCACAAAUGCGUUUUAAUCUUCGAGAUGGAAAUUUUCCACUGUUAACAACAAAACGUGUUUUUUGGCGCGGUGUCGUUGAGGAACUUCUUUGGUUUAUUCGCGGAUCAACAAAUGCAAAAGAAUUAACCGAUAAAGAUGUACACAUUUGGGAUCCAAAUAGUUCGCGACAAUUUCUCGAUUCAUGCGGAUUCACAGAUCGCGAAGAAGGCGAUUUAGGUCCAGUUUAUGGAUUUCAAUGGAGGCAUUUUGGAGCUAAAUAUACAAAUAUGCACGACGAUUACACUGGACAGGGAGUUGAUCAAUUAAAAAAUAUAAUUGAGACUUUAAAAACAAAUCCAAAUGACAGAAGAAUGGUAAUGUCAGCUUGGAAUCCAGUGGAUUUGCCAAAAAUGGCACUUCCACCUUGUCAUCUUCUCGUUGAAUUUUUAGUGAUGAACGGAGAAUUAACAACAAUUUUAUUUCAAAGAAGUGCCGAUGUUGGUUUGGGAGUUCCAUUUAAUAUUGCCUCAUAUUCAUUGCUCACUUAUAUGUUGGCACAUGUCACAAAUUUAAAGCCAGGAGAAUUUAUAAUAAAUAUGGGCGAUUGUCAUGUUUAUUCAAAUCAUGUCGACGCCCUUAAGGAACAAAUUAAACGUGAGCCAAGACCAUUUCCAAAAUUAAUAAUUACACGCGACAUUCAAGAUAUCGAUAAUUUUACUGCUGCUGAUUUUAAAAUCGAAGGAUACAAUCCACACGGUAAAAUUGCUAUGCAAAUGGCUGUUUAAUUAUUAUUAUUUUUUUUUUUUAUUAAAUAUAUAAGGACUGUUAAUUUUAAUUUCUAAAAUGACGAUAAAGAGAAAAAUUAAUAUCAAUCAAAAAUAAAAAUAAAGUACUUUUUUUAUAAAAAAAA